AUGGCGGAGGCGGGCGCGGGGAGCCCGCACGGCGGGGACGCGGCGCCGCCGGGGCCGCCCGAGGAGCAGGAGCUGAGCCGGCGCCUCCGCCGCCUCUACCCCGCCGUCAACCAGGACGAGACGCCGCUGCCGCGCUCCUGGAGCCCCAAGGACAAGUACAACUACAUCGGCCUCUCGCAAGGCAACCUGCGCGUCCACUACAAAGGUCACGGUAAAAAUCACAAAGAUGCUGCCUCGGUCAGGGCCACUCACCCCAUCCCUGCAGCCUGUGGCAUUUAUUACUUUGAAGUGAAGAUCGUCAGUAAAGGUAGAGAUGGGUACAUGGGAAUAGGACUUUCUGCUCAAGGAGUCAACAUGAACAGGCUUCCUGGAUGGGAUAAACAUUCUUAUGGGUACCAUGGAGAUGAUGGGCACUCCUUCUGUUCCUCGGGGACAGGGCAGCCCUACGGCCCCACGUUCACCACUGGAGAUGUCAUUGGCUGCUGUGUCAACCUCAUCAACAACACCUGCUUCUACACAAAAAAUGGCCACAGUUUAGGUAUAGCCUUUACAGACCUCCCUUCAAACCUCUACCCUACAGUGGGUCUCCAGACUCCAGGGGAGAUCGUGGAUGCCAACUUUGGGCAGCAGCCCUUUGUGUUUGACAUUGAGGAUUACAUGAGGGAGUGGAGGGCGAAGAUCCAGAGCACCAUUAAGCGGUUUCCCAUAGGAGACAGGCUGGGAGAGUGGCAAGCCAUGCUGCAGAAUAUGGUUUCAUCAUAUUUGGUCCAUCAUGGGUACUGUUCAACAGCAACUGCCUUUGCCAGAGUCACAGACACCACAAUCCAGGAAGAACAGACCUCAAUAAAGAAUAGACAAAGAAUACAGAAGCUAGUAUUAGCAGGCAGAGUGGGAGAGGCUAUAGAAGCCACCCAGCAGCUCUAUCCUGGCCUCCUAGAACAUAACCCCAACCUGCUCUUCAUGUUAAAGUGCCGGCAGUUCGUGGAGAUGGUGAACGGCACGGACAGCGAGGUGCGCUGCUUCAGCGCCCGCAGCCCCCGCUCCCAGGACAGCUACCCCGGCUCCCCCAGCCUGAGCCCCAGGCAUGGAUCCACCAACUCACACCUUCACAGUACUGGAGCAGAUAGUCCAACCUGUAGCAAUGGAGUCAUGUCCACAAAAAGCAAACAGAGUCACAGUAAAUACCCAACACUGAGUUCAUCAUCUUCAUCUUCCUCCUCCUCUUCCCCUUCAUCUGUGAACUACUCGGAGUCCAAUUCCACAGAUUCUACCAAAUCUCAGCAGCACAGUAGUACGAGUAACCAAGAAACCAGUGACAGCGAAAUGGAAAUGGAGGCUGAGCAUUACCCCAACGGAGUCCUGGAGAAUUCAUCCACCAGGAUAAUGAAUGGCACCUACAAACAUGAGGAGAUCCUGCAGACAGAUGAGUCCAGCAUGGAAGACAGCUGCCCCCAGAGGCAGCUCUGUGGAGGGAACCACGCUGCCACAGAGAGAAUGAUCCAGUUCGGGCGGGAGCUGCAGAUCCUGAGUGAGCAGCUUUGCAGAGAGUAUGGGAAGAACACCAUGCACAAAAAGAUGCUUCAGGAUGCCUUUAGCUUGUUAGCUUACUCAGACCCUUGGAACUGCCCUGUUGGCCAACAGCUGGACCCCAUCCAGAGGGAACCUGUGUGUGCUGCUCUCAAUAGUGCUAUUUUGGAAUCUCAGAACCUGCCAAAGCAGCCCCCGCUGAUGCUGGCCCUGGGCCAGGCCUCGGAGUGCCUGCGGCUGAUGGCGCGCGUGGGGCUGGGCUCCUGCUCCUUCGCCAGAGUGGACGAUUAUUUGCACUGACAGGAGCUGCCGUGGAGUGCUGCCCUUCACCCUCUGCUGCUGCCACUCUGCACCACCGCCUCCUCCCUGCCACAAGCCCCUGUAGCACACACACACACACACACACUGCCCGUGCCAGGACGGAGUGAGUCCCUCACUGUGUGGCUGUUGUGACCCCGGGGAGCCUGGCGGGGCUGAGCCAUCUCCCUGCGCUCAGUAUUUCGCUGGUUAUUCUAAUGUAGCACCUUCUGAUGUAGGGAUUUUUUUCUCUUUUUUGUUUUUGAUUUGAGUUGUUUCUCAUGGUUCCACCGAUGUUUUAUCUGGAGAGUUUUGCUGAGCUGGUUUAUGCUGAUUUACUGAGGAAGUUCAUCAAGUUGGUGACAGCUUGUUCUUUUCUUCCCUUCUCCCUCCAUCGUGCACAUACAGCAUCAUCCAUGCUAGUAAUCAGAACUCUUCUCACAGUGGCAGUUCAGAGGGAAUUUUUUUUUUAUUUUAUUUGAAUCAUGUUUAUUAAAAAGGUCUCUUCCACCUCCACAAGGUCAUUGAUGUAUUUAUUGCCCACAGACUCGGUCCCAGCCACACUCACCAUACAGCCCCUCAGGUGAGGUAGGUCCUGUCACACACUAAUGAUGAAACCUGGUCCUUCAUGGUGCCUCUUUUCAGAGCCCAAGGCUCUCAAUCUUGGCUUUGUGAGUGGGAAGAGUAGAAGAUUAACAUUGCCUGUGUUGGUGAUUGUGCUGUAGAAGCAUCUCACAGCCCUAAGAAGGAGUUAAAUCCAGCUCUCUGAACAGCUGGAGGGACAGGGAUGAUGAAUAUGAAGUCAUCUGCCACUGUGUGGUAGAACCAGGUCAUGUGAGUCCACCAGAAACAUCCGUGGGCAUGCCCUGGUGUGUUGACACUUUUUAAUUAAAUAACAAAUCCCACAUUUUUCUCUAUGGAGGAGGGCUCUGCCACUAACUCAGUAAUAACAGUAUUUCCUGCCCUCUGCCAUCUCUGUAACACUGAUCUAAAUGAGCACUUCUAAAUUUUGGAAGUGUCUGGAGAAACCUUGCCUAGCUGUGCUUGUCCUUGCAGGUGGGACAAGCUGAGGUCAGGUGGCAGGUUGGGGUCAGUACCAACUCUGUGGGGCCUGAGCCAUUCAGAAAGGAGCAGCAGUGUUUGUUUAGGGAUUAUUAAGAUAAUUAUUGAAGUUCCAGUCCCAAAAGAGACCAGCAAAGAUCUGUGGGUGAGUAACCUCUGAGUAAAAUGGACUGAUGUGUCCAUGCUGUGUGCCAGGCCCAUGGACUUGAGUGCUGAUAAGCAUUCAGACCACCUGGGAGUGUUUCUGAGCUUCUGUUACCUGGCCAGGCUGCCUGGCAGCACCGUGUGCUUUCCAUCCUCUGCUGUACCAUUAGGACAUGGCAGGUUCAGCUGGCAGUUUCUGCACCAAAUUAAUUUUAGGUCAAUAACUCUGGGGAGGACUCAAGGGAGCUCAAACCAAACAUGAAUUUUACUGCUGUUCAUGAAUUUUUUGGAAGGUCAAUGAAAGAUGAACAGGU